AUGCUGCUAGAUUUGACCAAAGAAUAUCUCAAAGACAUGGGCAUUACGGUACUCGGUGAUAUAAUCUGUAUCCUUCGACAUGCCAAGGUGGUUCAUACACAGGAAGCCCGGGAAAAAGCCUUAAAGUCCUCAUCACCUUCAAACCAGAUGUCAAACACAACCACUCCUCGGAGAUCCACUGCUGCCAGCAGAAUUGUGGAUUAUUAUUUAGGCAAAGACCCCAAUGCAGUCCCCAUGAACACACCUCAACCAUCCAAAAUUUGUGACGAACUUUCUUCCACAGACAAAUCCAAAAACCUGAGGAAGUCGUCUGUAUUUGAGCGCCUUGGAGACACGGGUGUAAAUUCUGUUUCCACAAAAGUCACCCUCACAGGUUCUGGCAAUGUCAUUGUUCGAAGUACUGGCUCUUCCAAAGUGACUUCUUCGACAUCCUCAUUAAGUUCCACAUCAUCAUCAGUGUUUUCACGACUGGGCGAGAAGCCAACAUUAAAACGGCCGGCGAGUUCGACAUCUGGCGAUGACGAGGACAUUGACGGGCCUCCUCUAGAAUAUGCUGGCAUCCUCAAGUCAUUGCCAGGCAAGACGAAAACAAAGAAGACAAAAGUUAAUAUAACUGCAGCAAAUAAUGAUGGAAAGUUAGCUAAAAAGAAAUCUGGCCUGAUAUCUGGUGCCAAUGCAGUAACGCCUACCUCACACAAGUCUAGCGCUUCCUCGACCUCUGAAGCAGCUGUGUCAACGGCAGGAAUCUUGUCACCUGAUGCCAGACCCUUAGAAGCAAUCAGUGUCAAGCAGCGUCUGGGCAAGAUCGUAACUGCACCAGCAACCAGCACAACAUCAAGAAAGAAUAGCAUUGAAAAGAAAGAACCUUCACCUGUAGUUUCAAAAAAGAAAGGUGUGAAAUCUCGACUGGGUGUUCAACGAUGUUCAGAGGUGACUUCCACGGCGGAUGAGCUUCACAUAAAUGACAUGGACUUUAGCACCAGUGGCAACAGCAAUAGUAGUGACAACAGUGGAGUUUUCAGUCGCCUUGGGCGCCCAGUUCUGUCUAUCUAUCUAUCUAUCUAUCUAUCUAUCUAUCUAUUUUGUUUCUUUCUGUCUUUCAAAUAUCCAACACUUAUUUCUGGCCUGUCCAAUCAUACUCUUUUUUAUUCAGUUCUUUCUUUCUUUCUUUCUUUCUUUCUUUCUUUCUUUCUUUCUUUCCUGAUCGCUUCCUUGCUUUCUUUCUUCCUUUUUUGCUCACGUUCUUUCUUUCUUUCUUUCUUUCUUUCUUUCUUUCUUUCUUUCUUUCUUACGUCUUUGCUUAAUUUUUUCUUUGAUUGUUUGUUUGUUUGUUUGUUUCUUUAUUUCUUUCGUGAUUCUUUCCCUUAUUUAAAUUUCCCCACUUUCUUUGUACAUCCUUUUCACUAUUUAUUUCCGUCAUGGUUAAGCAUUUCCUUCUUUCCUUCUUUCCUUUAUUCCUCUCCCGCCUAUAAUUUAAAUUUCCAUUCUAACUUUCUUCCAUUCUUUCCUUCCUUCCAUCAUUACUUCCUUUCUUCAAUUCUACUUUUUCCUUCAUUUCAAUCUCUUUCUAUAAUUUAA